GUGUGUCUGUUUGGUGUUCCAGUGUCAGGACGGGGCGAGCAGAACAACAUGAGCGAGAGAUUCGACUGCGACAACUGCAAGGAGUCCCUGUACGGGCGCAAGUACAUCCAAUCAGAGGACAGCCCCUACUGCAUUCCCUGCUACGACAGCCUGUUCGCCAACACCUGCGACGAAUGCAAGGAGCUGAUUGGCCACGACUCCAGGGAACUGUUCUACGAGGACCGGCACUACCACGAGCACUGCUUCCGCUGUUUCCGCUGCGACCGCUCGCUGGCGGACGAGCCCUUCACCAGCCAGGAGGAGGCGCUGCUGUGCAACGACUGCUACUGCAACGAGUUCUCCUCCAAGUGCGUGGCCUGCGACAAGACCGUCAUGCCAGGCACACGGAAGCUGGAGUAUGGGGGGAGCACGUGGCACGAGACCUGCUUCAUCUGCCACAGCUGUGAGCAGCCAAUCGGCUCCAAGUCCUUCAUCCCGGACAAGGACGAGCACUACUGCGUGCCCUGCUACGAGAACAAGUUCGCCCCGCGCUGCACCCGCUGCAAGCAGGUCUUGACGAAAGGGGGCGUGACCUAUCGGGAGGAGCCCUGGCACAAGGAGUGCUUCGUGUGCACGGGCUGCAAGGUCCAGCUGGCUGGCCAGCACUUCACCUCCCGCGAGGACAGCCCCUACUGCCUCAAGUGCUUCGGCAGCCUGUACGCCAAGAAGUGCGAGGCCUGCAGCAAGCCAAUCACAGGCUUCGGCGGGGGGAAGUACAUCUCGUUUGAGGAGCGGCAGUGGCACCAGCCGUGCUUCGCCUGCUCGCGGUGUUCCGUGUCGCUCGUGGGUGCCGGCUUCUUCCCCGCGCAGGACGAGAUCCUGUGCCGCGAGUGCAACAGCAGCCUAUAAGCCCCGCCCCCGCCCCCCGAGGCCACGCCCACCUCACAGCCUUAACACCAAACGAAAAAACAAAAA